AGCAGCAGAGGAGGAGAGGAGAGGGACACCGUGAACAUACACACACACGCGGAGAGAGAGAGUGCAGUGGAGUGUGUCUGCAUCAGCAGCGAGGAGACGACGACACUGGAUUACCAUCACACACAGGGCUCUCCAGCAGAGGGCAGUGUCAGUCCAAGAGCAUCUCCCACCUCAUCAGGUCCACGAGCAUCCUGUGCCGUCAGGAUCACGCCACUGAAAACCAUGAAAGGCUCUCCUGACCUGAUUCCUGCUGCAGAUCUGGACCCCAGCAGAGUGUGCAAAGGAAAAGGAGUCGUGACUCUUAGAGCGACCCUCGUCCACAUAGAUGAUGAGGGCUGCAUCAGUGAGGAGCCAAGCGUCAUCACAGCUCCAAGUGGCUGGACAAGCCAGAUUAAUGGAGACAGCUCUAAAGCAGGACUGGCUGAGGGAGGCAGCAACAUCACCGCUGAUUUACCUCCUGUAAACAACACCCAGUGCCAGGCCACUUUAGCCGAAAGUUUAAAAGAAAACCAGGCUCCGUCCUCCACUGAUGUUCAAAACUGUAUCUCAUCACCCUCCAGCUCGGUCUAUCCCUGCACUAGCUCAGUCAAUCCCACCAUAGUCCUGUUACAACACAACAGAGAGCAGCAAAAGCAUCUUUCUCAUUUGAAAGACCCAACUCCAGAAAGGGACAAAAGCCCUGAUCCUGGCAGAGAAUCCGUGAGUCCAGUUCCUGAUAUGGAAGAAAAGCGGCUGCGACUAUCACUGCACUCACCUGUGUUUAAUCCUCUCAACAAUCCCCCUGUGCCUGUACGGAACACUGAAAAGUCCAAAGACUGGUAUAAGACCAUGUUCAAACAGAUACAUAAAAUACCUGAGCCAAUUGAGGAAAACCCUUACCGCCCCACCUACAUUUUCCCCGAGAACUAUGACACUCACAUGAAAUCAAAAGAUGAUGGCCACACACCCUUUGGUUACUUGGAGGAUGUCAGAGCCGUCCCUCGCUCAAAAAGCGAGAAUGAGGUUGAUUCAAGAGGACGGUCGAUGCCGGUGCCAACACGUUCCUCUUCCCUCAAGCCCUCAGUAAAAAGGAAUGAGUGGGAGCCCCCAGAUAAAAAGGUAGACACCAGGAAGUACCGCGCUGAGCCCAAGAGCAUCUUUGAAUAUGAGCCGGGGAAAUCGUCGGUGCUAAAGCUGGAGAGAACGACUCAGGAUGUAAGUCCAGAAGACAUAGAUUUAGAGAAUGAGCCUUGGUAUAAAUUCUUUUCAGAGAUGGAGUUUGACAAAGCGAGUACCCCCUCUUUCAGUCCCCUGGAAACAGCCUCCGACCUGCAGCAGUACUCCUCGAGUAAGUCUGGACACAGCGAGGUGGAGAAGGACAGAGAAUCACCCACAAGUGAGCCUACGGCUCCAGAAUGCGACCGUCAUGUUUACAAGAGUGUCCUGGAGGGCGGCGACAUACCUUUACAAGGUCUACGGGCCUUAAACAAGCGCCAUGGCAGCUCUUCCUCCUCUAAAGUGGAUUAUAAAGGUGGGAAUGGCUAUAUAAUUUCACCUUGCUCCUCUGUAAAUAGUCGAUCGGUUCUUGCCAGUAAUGCAAUAGGUAACCAGUGUAAGAGCAAGAAGCCUCUUUCUGCUGCCAAGGCCUGCAUACCUCAAAUCCUGCCUUCUAAGUUUAAGCCCAAGCUGCUGCCGCCCAGUGGUGACAGUGAGGAGUGCAGGACUAAAACUGUCAAGCACCCAAAGGCCCACAGCUGUGAAGAUAUAUACACAGGGCAAUGUGACACAGACUUUUCUCGAGCAGAGGAAAAGCAGAGUGGGCAAUAUUCAGACUCUAGCUGUGGCAGCGAUUGUGUGGAUGGCCUCAGGAAUGUUUUCCCUGCACUCAGGAGGAGUGAGUCUGAGUUUUCCAGUCUGUACCGGACCAUGCAUCACAUCCAGCGGCCCAGCUCAGUUGGCUGCAGCCCCCAUGGCAGCGUCCGGAGCCUGACCUCCCUAUUUGAGAAGACAAAGGCUGAGGAGGGUGAAAGGUUAGAGGCAGAUGACGGGGGUAACAUUUCAAGGGAUACUGUGUUGUCACGGGUCAGUGAGUUUGAGAUAAUCAUUCAGCGGUCCAGUUCGGCUCCAAGCCGUUCCUCCUCCCUGCCCACCCUAAACUCCAGCCAUAGCCAUAGCCCUGACCACACCCCCACCCACCUCUACAUGACAUCAGCAGUGUCGGCUGAGUCCCUUUUGGUUGCAGACACCACCCAGACAGACACCUGCACCCCAGUGGUGGGACAGGACAAGAGUUGUGAGGAGGAGGAGGAGGAGGAGGCGUUCCCGCUGAACGGUUUGAGAGUAGAAGAGGCUCCAUCCUUCUCAGUGGAGGGACAUGACAUCAGGGCCGAGUCCCCCUCAAACACCGAGGUGGAGGUUGAGCAGAUCCUUAGUAAGAGUUCCCCAGAACUGACCCAGCAAAGCAUCAGUGGAUCAAAGAGUCCUGUAGGACUGCUUACAGCAUCCCCUCAGCAACACAACCACCUCCACCACCAACACCACCACCUGCACCACCUCAACCAUCAGAACCAUCAGCUCCUCCUCAGACCCAGUAAAUGCAAAGGCUCUUGCCCAGCCUCCUACACCCGCUUCACCACCAUCCUCAGACACGAGAGGCAGCAGGCCACGACCCAACAGGAGAAGCGGGCACCUCUGGAGAAGAAAACCACGCUUCCUGGGAACCUCUUCCUCAUGGGCCCUGCUCCCUUCAAACCACGGAAGAACCUGCAGUCCCACCGGCGAUCCCUAUUAGCCACCAGGGUCACAAUGGUUCCCCAGAGGCCCAGCAGUCUGUCCCCUGAGCCUAGACCUCUAAUCCCUCAGCGCCUGUCCUCCCGAGAGGUCUUGGAGAGGCUGAGUAAUGGAGAUGGAGGCAACACUGACCGCCUGAGUAACGGGCAGAGAUUGGACACCAAUGGGAACCUACUGCAGCCGCUGGCAGCUCACCUCAGAGACUCGUCCCCAGCUCACGGAGAGGGCCCGGAUGAAGUGUUGCGAAGGCGUCAUGGGGACAAAGAGAAAAUCUUGGAGGAGCAGCGGCGGCUGAAACGGGAACAGGAAGAAGCUGACACAGCAUCGAGGCGACACACAGGCAUUGUCCCGACGCACCACCAGUUCAUCACCAACGAGCGCUUCGGGGACCUGCUCAACAUCACAGAUAACACAGAGAAAAGGAAAUCAGGCAUAGAGAGAACUCCAGCCAUGGCUCGCUUUGACUUUAGAGCAGAAAGUCUAAAGGAAUUACCGUUUCAAAAGGGAGACAUCGUGUACAUCAUUCGACAGGUGGAUCAAAACUGGUAUGAAGGAGAGCAUCAUGGGAGAGUUGGUAUUUUCCCCCGCAGUUAUGUCGAGCUUCUUCCCCCCACAGAAAAAGCCCAGCCAAAGAAAAGUGCCCCAGUUCAGGUUCUGGAAUAUGGAGAGGCUGUCGCCCGCUUCAACUUUAACGGGGACACAGUGGUGGAAAUGUCCUUCAGAAAGGGAGAGAGAAUCACGCUUAUUCGUAGAGUCGAUGAAAACUGGUAUGAGGGCAAAAUCUCGGGCACCAACCGCCAAGGCAUCUUCCCCGUCACCUAUGUCGAAGUGAACAGAAAACCCCGCAUCAAGAACGGCAUGGAGUAUAGCGACCCUCCUGUCAGCCAGUCGCCUCAACGCAGCACCAACGCGUCUCCUCAGCUGUAUCGUAAUCGCCUCACCACCUCCCCUCUGCCCCUCCCUCGCUCACCCCGCCGCUCUGUGUCCCCUGAGGUCCACGCUAUCUCCUCUGAGUGGAUCUCUCUGACUGUAGGAGGAGGAAGUCCUCCAGCCGCCCCCACCCCUCCUCUGCCGCCACUGCCCACUGUGUCGUACCGCUGCGGCGAGUACCUACCCCCACCAUUCUCUGUCAGUCCCGUGCCUCCCAUAAGCAGCAGUCCAUACUACAUCUCCCCUAUGGCGUCCCCAUCUGCCUCACCCCUGCCCCCGCCUCACCCACCCAGACCCAACUCCACCACUCCCUUCCUCACGUUCACGCCACCUCAAGGAGAGGACUUCCUGCUCUCCCCUCCCUCACUCCAUCUGUCACGCAGCAUCAGUCCCUCUAGCGGGCCAGUGCUGGAGGGCUGGCUGAGGGGGGAGAAAGAGUUGACAGAGGGGGAAGGCACAGAGAGGGACAGGGGCCACGCAGCCUCGGGCAGCAGGCAAAAUAGCCCUGCAGAGUUCAUGAAGAAUGAGGCUGACCAUCAUGGACGGAGCUCCAGAAGCCCCGUGAUGCUUUAUGACAUCCAGGAUAACAACAACAUUAACUCGUUUGCGGAGGCAGUGUGUAAUGAGAUCUUGAAUAUAGCUGAGACCUCGGUGAGGUACUGCAGCACCCUGUCCCACCACCCUCAUGACUCUGUUCAUAGACUGCUCCACCACCCCAGUAAACAAUCUCUCAUCAUUUCCCAGCAACCCCAGUCCCACAGCAGCAGUCCAGAGCCGAGUCGUCUUAACUGUGGAAUUUUCCAGGCUUUAUACAGUUACGUGCCACAGAACGAGGACGAGCUGGAGCUGCGGGAGGGAGAUCUCGUCAGUGUCAUGGAGAAGUGCGAUGACGGCUGGUUUGUCGGUACCUCAAAGAGGACAAAACAGUUUGGGACCUUCCCUGGGAAUUACGUGAAGGAGGUGAAACUGUAAAGAUAUCUAAUCUGGCUGUGACACAUGAUUGCCUGUCAAGCUUGGGAAGUCAUUACUAUCACGCAUGGCUGUUGGUUAGAGUAGACGUUUAGCCAGCCAGAACCGUUUGAUCAUGGAGAAAGUGAUGGAUUAAGCCUGAGGUAUGUCAAACUGCACGAGGCGAAGACAGAGACAGCUCACUGCCCAAACCUCAGUAACACUGUACAAUCAAAAUACGUCCAUCCCCACGUGUGGAAAUUCUCUGUCAAAAACCUAACACACACUUGCUUUUUGUACAGACACUUGCUUUUCAUCUUGUCCUUGUAAUUCCACAGUACACAAGUGUUUACGUAACACCUCAGUCUGGAGGCCGGCAGCAGAGCUGAGUUUAUGGAUCAAAGAUAGGAUUAUUUUACCUGAACUGGGAGAGGAGAAAAUAUAUUUUUGUUUGUUGUGGGGUUGGAGCUGUUUUUUCAUGAUCUACCUUUCAGGACAGGUUAUUUAGAUUCUAAAAAAAAAAAACACUUUGUUGUCUGGAUCAACUUACCACACGUGUGGAUUUUAAUGUGGUGAUUCAGUCUUUCACUCUUCACUGUGCAACAGACAGUUUGAUAGAUUUGAGGAAAAUCAUGUAAAUGUGGUGGUUUAUUUCUUUAAGGUCCUUUAGAGAUACUGUUCUGACAUAUCAUUUGUGCGUAUGCUUUCUUUUACAUUUUCUGAAUCACCAUUAAGUCAGUAUUGGCUAGUUUUCAAGUACUUUCACACCUCUGUGUAACCAAAAGGUUUUCAAAACAGGUUCAGUAUUGCUUUCACUUUUAUCCAAGAGUUGUUAUACAAGAGUUGUUACAGUCAUGUGCAUGACUAGAAACUCAACAGUGUUGAAGUGUGCUUGACCUUUUUCUCUGUUCCCAUAUGAAACACAAAUACAGAACCUGUGGACAGUGCCACAUUUGUCUCGUGGUGGUGAAGAGAAACUGUGUACGUGUACAUCCUCUAUUUAUUUCUUCUUCUUUUUCGCCACCUCAGUUGAAAUCGAAGUAAACUGUGUUUGCUGAUGGCUGCGGCCUGUAAGGUAGCUGCUGAUACACAGCCGGCUCCAGCUCAACCACAGAACAGGCGUGGUAGCUCUUAACUUCCUGUUCAGACACCUACAAGAUAACAGUGGGUCACACUAAAAAAAACUAUUAAUACCUUCUCAUGAAAGCUAGAGAGGUGUGGAAAAUAAUCGUACUGAUUUUCUGAGCAUAUAUUUUAAUUUUAACCUUGCCCUUACUGAUGAGAGUGUGUGUUUUAGCCCUGUAAAUGUGUACAGAAAAAACUUUAAGAGGCCUUCUAUAGAUAUGGCUACAUAUUUUCAUAUGUCUUGACUAUGACUCAUUACAGUUAGUGGAAUGAUUCGAUUUCAGAGGUCAGGGUUAGAACAGCAUGUAAAAAAACAAAAAAAACAAAAAACAAUUAGAGAUUGACAAAUCCGAAUCGGAGCAUGAUACACUAUCAGCUAACAGCUCUACAUUUGCAUUCAGCUGAAGGGAAACUGAAGUGACGAUAGGCUCAUCAGGUUGCUCUCUGAGCUUUAGUGGCUCACAGCUUCUUCCUUCAGAUCCUGGACACACAGUCAGAAUAGCUCCUCUGCAUGCGCAGGUAUUUCUUUUUUUGCGUGCUUGUGUUUUCAUUGAAUUCCUCUCUGUCAUCGACUGGUGCAGCAGACUCAUCGGCCCUCAGUGGAGUUCUCAAAUAGUACUCGCAAAAUAAUUCUCUGUGCUUGUCGUGACCUGCUCGGAGCAGCAGAUGGGUGUAGUUUGUUGAACAACUGCUACAAAAAAAGUAUUUUAAAAUCGCUUUUGUCAAUGCCUGUGUAAACAAGCAGCCGAGUUCAAACGCUCUGCACGGUCCACACAUUUUCACUUAAAUGGUGCCAGACUAUCACCUUUUAGUAUCGUAUACACAAUCCUACUGCGUGAAAUAAAGAUAAAACAAUAACGAUCACUAGACCUUGAAAGGUAUGUUUACUCUAUCAUUGUGUUUUGAAUCUGAAUGUGCAAACUGUUCUUCAGACGCGAACCUAGAAUGCAGCUGUACGUGGCAAACCCACACAGUGAGUGAUAUAUGAAGUUUAGUCAUAGAUGAAGUACUUUUUUAUUUUACUAAAAUCCAGUGGCCAACGAUGCUUCCUCCUUUCUGAUGUUUGCUACUGAGACGAGAUCAGCUGUUUUUUCCUGAGCAGAUUCUACAUUUGGAACACUUCCUCAGUAAAAUAAAACACAGAGUACAAUAAAUACACUGCACUGUCGGUUUGCUUUUAUAAAGAGCACUGACAAUGUUAAAGUAUUUUCCCUUCACUGCUGGCUAAACAUUUUUGUCCCGCGUAGCUCCAGCUCCUCAAUACUUUAUUCUUCCCUGACGGAGACGUUUUCUGUCUCAGACACAAGACUGUUCGGUGACAAAACAAUCACUCAGUCCCAUCAUAGAUUGUCUCUGUGAUAGUGUGCUCCCCUCAGACAUCACAGUGUGUAUGAAUGUAUGAUUAUAUGAAUGUGGUGCUGACUCUGUGCACACGAGCUGCAAACAAAGUCUGAGUUUAUAUUGUGAGUGAACACAGACUGUUGAGCAGCCAGACACAAGAAGGCACACGAAGGACUGUAAAUAUGUAAAAUAAAAAAAAAAUAAAAGAAAACUGCGAGUGAUGUGAGCGUCACACUGAGCUCUCAGUUACUCACAGUGGUUUAUUUACCUGAAGGUUUUCUGGCAAAGCACAGAGUGGAGCAUUACUGAGCACAGGAGGUUUGACUCAUUAUGAACAUUACGCUGCCAUUGUGAGGAUCAUAAUGCCUUAUUUUAGAUGCAAAAUUGUGCCUCAUUUUCAUUUCAUGUUUUUUUUUUUUUUUUUGAAUAUCACUGAAAUGUAUUGAUGACAUAUUUAAUGUAACCAUUGUUCUCCCAUUAAUCCUUGUCUCUGUGAGAGGAGCACAUUUACUAAGAACUUGUCCAUUACCGUGCAAGUACCUGGGAGUGUGACACAAUGCUUCAACCUAAUGAUUAAUGAUCAUGAGAAUGGACUAGUUUAAUGAGACACACAACCUGUAACAGGUUUGGUUUGUUUGCUUCAAUUUGCAGUGCUGUUUCAUUGACACUAUUAAAAUAAAGAUCCUAUACACUGCUGUGACUUCGGUAUUAUGCAAUAUUUAAUAAACCAUUUAAACUUU